AUGGCUGACCACUUUGCCCCUGCGGUUGACCCGAUGCAUGGGAGGUCGGCAGAAGAGCACAAUGCUUUCCUGGCUAUGCUGAAGAAAGGCAAUGAAUCGCAUCGCGAGAUUACGGACAAAUAUGUUGGCUUCUGGGAUGAAAAGGAGCGCGGGGAGAGAAAAGAUAAUUACAUGUCACUAGUGAACAGCUACUACGACCUCGCAACUGAUUUUUACGAAGAAGCAUGGGCGCAAUCAUUUCAUUUCUGUCGCUUUGGUAUUCGCGAGCCCUUCCUCCAGGCUCUGGCAAGGCACGAACACUAUCUUGCGUUUCGGAUGGGCAUUCAACGAGGCAUGAAGGUCCUUGACGUGGGGUGUGGGGUUGGUGGCCCGGCAAGGGAGAUAUCUACCUUCACCGGCUGCAAGGUCGUUGGUGUAAACAACAACGGUUAUCAGAUCCAACGAGCCACGGCACAUGCAAAGAAGGAAGGCCGAAGUGAAGACGUCUCCUUUGUCAAAAGUGACUUCAUGUCACCAGCUAUAUAUACCUCAUUUCCUGACUAUUGCGGAACGAAGGAGAUGGAUUUCCCAGAUGACUCCUUUGACGCCGUGUACGUCAUUGAAGCAACAGUUCAUGCGCCAUCUCUACAAGGGGUAUAUGAGCAGAUCUACCGCGUUCUGAAGCCCGGUGGAACAUUUGGCGUGUAUGAAUGGGUAAUGACGGACAAGUACGACGAUUCAGAUCCUUCGCACCGUGCCAUAAAAUUAGGGAUUGAGCGUGGAAACGGAAUCGCCACCAUGAUGCCUCGGAAGCAUGCCAUGGAAGCCAUACAGGCGGCUGGAUUCAUCCUCGAACAUGAGGAGGAUAUGGCUGACAAAGGGGACAUAAUCCCCUGGUACGCACCACUUGCAGGAGAACUACAGGCUCGCAGCUUGUGGGAUCUAUUCAGUGCUCUUCGAGUGACCAAAUUUGGUCGAGCGUCGGUCAGUACACUACUAAGAGUCCUCGAAGCUGCCAAGCUUGCGCCAUCAGGUACUGCGCAGACAGCCGACGAGCUGUCAUUGGGUGCAGACAACCUUGUUGCUGGUGGUAGGGCUGGGCUUUUUACACCAAUGUAUCUUAUGAUUGCAAAGAAGCCAGCGGCCCCAUCAUCCUAG